UGCGAGGGCGGGCCGGGGGCCGGUUCCGCGCGCAGGGAUUUUUAAAUGUCCCGCUCUUAGCCGGGCGCAGGAGCAGCCGGCUCGGCCGCCAGCGCGGUGUAGGGGGCAGGCGCGGAUCCCGCCACCGCCGCGCGCUCUGCCCGCCGCUGCCUCCCGCCUCCCGGCUUCCCGCUCGCCUCGGCCUCCUGCCUCCGGCCUCGGCUCGUGCCGCCUGCCUGCCGCGGAGACGGCUUCGGGCCUGAGACCUGAUCCCACGCCCCAAGCCAUGCCGAGGGAGAGGAGGGAGAGGGAUGCAAAGGAACGGGACACCAUGAAGGAGGAAAGUGGCACUGAUGUCUCUGUUCGUUCCAGGAAAAGGAAGGCAAAUGUGGCUGUUUUUUUGCAGGAUCCAGAUGAAGAGAUUGCAAAAAUGGACAGGACGGUGAGAAGUCAGUGCGGCAGUCAGCCAUGGAACGAUAAUUCUGUGUGUGAAAACCCCUGCUCCUUCAUUCCCACACCUGACAAGGAAGAGGGUGAGCCAGCAUCCCCAAGUUCCACGUGUGGACUGCAGAGUUUCAUGCCCUCCAGAGCCUCACCACUGCCUAUAUUGAACUGGGCAAAUAGAGACGAGGUGUGGAAAAUUAUGCUAAACAAGGAGAAGACAUACUUAAGGGAUAAGCACUUUAUGCAGCGGCACCCUCUCUUGCAGCCUAAGAUGCGAGCAAUUCUUCUGGAUUGGUUAAUGGAGGUGUGCGAAGUCUAUAAACUUCACAGGGAGACAUUUUACUUGGCCCAGGAUUUCUUUGAUCGGUAUAUGGCAACACAACAAAAUAUUGUAAAAACACUUUUACAGCUUAUUGGGAUUUCAUCUUUAUUUAUUGCUGCCAAACUUGAGGAAAUCUACCCUCCAAAGCUGCACCAGUUUGCUUACGUUACAGAUGGGGCUUGUUCAGGAGAGGAAAUUCUUAGCAUGGAAUUAAUCAUUAUGAAGGCCCUUAAGUGGCACUUAAGUCCCCUGACCAUUGUGUCCUGGCUGAAUGUGUAUAUGCAGGUUGCGUAUCUAAAUGACUUAUAUGAAGUGCUCCUGCCUCAGUAUCCCCAGCACAUCUUCAUACAGAUUGCAGAGCUUUUAGAUCUUUGUGUCCUGGAUGUUGGCUGCUUAGAAUUUCCCUACGGCGUACUUGCUGCUUCUGCCUUGUAUCAUUUCUCCUCAUCGGAAUUGAUGCAAAAGGUUUCAGGGUAUCAGUGGUGUGAUAUAGAGAAGUGUGUCAAGUGGAUGGUUCCAUUUGCCAUGGUUAUAAGGGAGACAGGAAGUUCCAAGCUUAAGCACUUCAGGGGAGUUCCUGCUGAAGAUGCACACAACAUCCAGACCCAUAUAAACAGCUUGGAUUUGCUGGACAAAGCCCAAGCAAAGAAAGCCAUAUUGUCUGAACAAAAUAGGAUUUCUCCCCUCCCCACUGGGGUCCUCACCCCCCCACAGAGCAGUAAGAAGCAGAGCAGUGAGCAGGGGACCGCGUGAGCACACCAGCCUCCUCCACCCAAGACAGUCGUGCGGAAGCGCCCGCCCCAGGUUCUUGGCUGCGCACCGGCGCGGAGGCGUGCGUUAGCUUUUACAGAUAUUUAAAUGGAAGAGCAUGUCUCUUCUGCAACCGAAGUGUUUCUGUGGAUGGCAUUGGACAGGGACAAGUGUUUUUUAUUGAAUGCUUAGAGUUUUUGAAAUAAGUGGGUCAAGUACACCAGCCACCUCCAGAACACCAAUGAGUGCUCCAGAUGCUGCUAAGGAGGGUGAUACUUGACUUGAUUGACUGUUCACACACGGAACAAAGGCUUGAAGUCGCGGAGUGCCACGUUGCCGAGGGCUCCUCUCGGGUGUGCUGGGCUGUGUCGCGUUGAGGGGAACAGGUGGUUGUGAGCAUUGUGAUGUGGAGCCCACAACCAACUGUGCUGGGGGCCUGCCCUUUUCACACUAUCAGUUGACAAUGUACAAUGCCUUUUAUGAACUGUUAUUUUGUAAGUGCUGCUACGUCUAUCCGUUUUUUUAAUAAAGAUAACACUGUCUUUGAGACAGCUGGUUUUA